AUGUUUGGGGCUAGGAGUGGAGUAGUGGGGGCACUGAGGCUUGGAGUGCGCAAGUUGGUGUUCACUGAGUCGAACUGCGGUCUUACUGAAGGCUUUCCGGAGCUUGGCAGUGCUUGGAAGGCUGCCAAUGUCAAGCUGGUCCUAUGGUUCAUAGCUGAAAAAGCAGUGGAGUUCGCAAAGGCUACUGGAGCUCGAGUGCUGGAAGCUGGGGCUUGCUGUGCGUGGUCUUUGGUGUCCGCGAUACAUGUGAUGGAACAGUCUGACCUGAUCAUGACCACUUCAGAAGCAUCGAACUUUUAUGAACUUAUCACUGCGCAUUUGCUCCACUGGCAAGGGAUCCGAGAAGAGUGUGCUAGUCUGAACCUUCAACGUUGGAGGCUGCGCCCAAAGCACCAUGCUUUGGAGGAAACUGCUCUAGCAGUGUUUCGGCACCGUCUGAACCCGCGUUUCACGCAAUGCUUUCAUGACGAGGCAUACCUCGGAGCUAUAAAGAGAAUUGCUACCAAAUGCAAUUCCAAUACAGUGUUGCUUCGUGUUUUCCAGAGGCUACUGCUCUUACUCGGGCAACGCUGGCAACAGACGCGGGACGCCGCCCAAUGA